AUGGUUGAUCAAUUUUGUAGCUCAAAAGAACUACAUCAUAAAAAUCCAAUACUAAUUUUAUUGAGUAAUGGCCAUAGUUAUGACCUUCAAAAGACGAGAUCAACAGAAUAUACCAAAUAUUUACUGGAACAGGAACAACAACAAUUAUUAUUAUUUAUCGAUGAUAGUGACCGAAUAUCAUUGGAUAAUUUAAAUGAGAAUAUCAAUAUAUUUAUAAUCCGAUUAGACUAUAGUAAAAUAAUUCAUGAUGAACAACAAUUCAAAAGCGAUAUCAGAAAAACUAUACGUUUAUUUAGUCGACAACAAAUUAAAUUAAUGUAUUUAUCUAUUGAUGAAGAAGACAAACAUAAUCAAGAACAAAAUACAGUUCGUUAUAUAACAAAAGAUUCGGCAUCAUUUUUAUGGUUUCAACUACUAGUCAGUAUAUUGAAACGUAUGCCAACAAAUACAGAAUCAGCUAAAAACGAGAUGUUAAAUGAAUGCCGAAGAUAUUAUAAAGAUAAUUUAGUACAGUUAGAAAAAAUUCAAAAUUUUCAACGCGAGUAUAAAAGUAGUGAUGAGGCUAUAUUUUGGUAUACGAGUGAAAGUUUCUUAUAUCUGUCCAUUAAUCGUGCAUUAAGGAGUGAAAAUAUUGAUGAAUUAUAUACAUAUAGAUUUUUUAUCAUUGAUCUUUGUACACAAUUAUCAAGCAUUUAUAAGCAACAAAGACAAUUGAAACACGAUCAAAAAAAAUUAAUCGUCUAUCGUGGACAGUUCAUGUGUUAUGAUGAACUAGAAAAAUUAAAGACUAGUAUAGGAAAUUUGAUAUCAACAAACAGUUUCUUUUCUACAACAACUGAUAUCAAUGUUGCACGAAUGUUUACUCAUAAUUGUCAUAAUAAAAUAGGUGUUUUAUUUCAAAUUGAAAUUGAGAAUAAUUUAAACAGUAUUAUUUAUGCUGACAUUACAAAUUACAGUAGAAUUCCAGAUGAAAAAGAAGUUUUAUUUCACAUUGGAGCUGUAUUUCAAAUAAAUAAUAUUUCUUAUGACAAUGAAUUAAAUCUCUGGUCAGUCCAUUUAAGUGCAAGUGAUGAUGGUAAGGGUUACAUUGAACAAUAUAUAAAAUUACAAGAAAAGAAAUUAGAAGAAACCGAUGCUAGUCUAUUAUUUGGACGCAUACUUAUUGAUAUUGCCGAUUAUUCGAGAGCAGAAACAUAUUUUCGGAAAAUGUUAAAUACAUUAUCACAGAAUGAUCAUGAAAUGCGAUCAAUUUGUUAUCAGUAUUUGGGUCGAACAUUGCACUUCAGUGGAAAUCUUGAUGAAGCACUUCAUUAUUAUGAAUUAGCAAAGCAUAUACAAAUAGAUAUAUUAAAACUAACUAUAAAUAUAAAUCGUGCAUAUAAUUUAUUUUAUUUGGGUUGUAUCAAUGUCGAAAAAGGUGAAUAUAGCUUAGCAGUGACACAUUUUCAAGAUGCACUUCAUAUAGAACAAAUACUAUUUAAAGACAAAUAUCAUCAAAUAAUACCAUCAACAUUACGUGGUAUUGCAUGGGUCUACGAGAAAAAAGGCGAAUACAAUACUUCAUUAAAAUACCAUCGACAAGCACUUGAACAAACUAAGAAAAAUUUUCCGUCUGUUCAUCCAUUAAUUGCUGUUAGUUUCUACUCGAUAAGCAGUGUUAAUCAUUGUUUAGGUAAUUACGAAGAAGCAUUGGAAUAUGCAUUAAAAGCAUUGUGUAUGAAUCAAGAAUGUGUACCCAAAACACAUCGAGCAUUUGGUGAUAUUCCAUCGUUAUUAGGUGACAUUUAUUAUGAUAUAGGUAACUAUGAUUGUGCUCUGAAUAAUUACGAAUAUGCAGUGAACGUACGUAAGAAUAUUUUUAAUCAUAAUCAUCCAUUGAUUGCU